AAAAGUCACCAAACCGCUGACAUUUUCUCAUGAAAUGGAUGAUGAACGGAUGAUCUCUUGUGCAUGCUUGUUCCUAAAUAUCUGGAUCAGAUUCAUCUUGAGCAUAUGUGCGUGCAUGUGUGUUUUUAUUUCCCCCUCAGUGAGAGAGCGUGCACACACACGUCAGCUCGGGGAGGGCAAAGCCUGCUUAAAAUGCAGUGAAUGUGACAACAGAGCAGAUAGUCCAGACUACAGCAGCGCGUGGACGGGUAAGGUGAGCGUGAAAGGGGAGGGGGGGGCACAAAAAUGCCAGCGGAACCAGCUCACCCGCAGACGUGACGCCGACACACCGACAACAAGCAGGAAGACGCGCGGAGACGCUCAGCUGGUUUCCAAAGACGCGCGGAGGAGUCGGAGGGGGAAGUGAGAGGACUGAGGUGCGGGAAGCGUCGCCCUAGUCUGGGGGGGGGGGAAAGAUGACAGUGGUGCCCGGAGAGAACCUGGAUGAGACUGUGGCACUGGCCGCGCUGUCAGCCCAGGAUGUGUACGACCCGGAGAGAGUCGAGAACCAGGAGUGCUGCGAGCGGGUGGUCAUCAACAUCUCCGGGCUGCGCUUCGAGACGCAGCUGAAGACGCUCGCCCAGUUCCCCUGCACUCUGCUGGGCGACCCGCGCAAGAGGAUGCGCUUCUUCGACCCUCUGAGGAACGAGUAUUUCUUCGACAGGAACCGACCCAGCUUCGAUGCCAUCCUCUACUACUACCAGUCCGGGGGCAGGCUCCGGAGACCCGUCAACGUGCCGGUGGACAUAUUCAUGGAGGAGAUUAAAUUUUACGAACUGGGAGAGGAGGUGAUUGAGAAUUUUAAGGAGGAUGAGGGGUUUAUUAAGGAGGAAGAGCGCCCACUGCCCGACAACGAGUUCCAGAGGCAGGUUUGGCUCCUGUUCGAGUACCCGGAGAGCUCCGGACCCGCCAGGGGGAUCGCGAUAGUUUCCGUGCUGGUUAUUCUCAUCUCCAUUGUGAUUUUCUGCUUGGAGACUUUGCCCGAGUUCAGAGAGGACGUCCGAACGUUUGACGAGCAGCUGGUGGUGAACGGAACCGCGCGCGCUAAGAAGCCGAACCCGUUCACGGACCCGUUCUUCAUCGUGGAGACGCUCUGUAUCAUCUGGUUCUCCUUCGAGCUGCUCGUCAGGUUCCUCGCCUGCCCGAGCAAGCCCGCGUUCUUUAAGAACAUCAUGAACACCAUCGACAUCGUGGCCAUCAUGCCAUACUUCAUCACGCUGGGGCUGGAGUUAGCGGAGCACCAGGGGAACGGGCAGCAGGCCAUGUCGCUGGCCAUCCUCAGGGUCAUCCGCCUGGUCCGGGUCUUCAGGAUCUUCAAGCUCUCCAGACACUCCAAGGGGCUCCAGAUCCUCGGAAAAACCCUGCAGGCCAGCAUGAGGGAGCUGGGACUGCUCAUUUUCUUCCUCUUCAUCGGGGUCAUCCUCUUCUCCAGCGCGGUUUACUUCGCGGAGACCGACGACCCGGACUCGGGUUUCAGCAGCAUCCCGGACGCGUUCUGGUGGGCGGUGGUGUCCAUGACCACGGUGGGCUACGGGGACAUGUGUCCGGUCACCAUCGGGGGGAAAAUCGUUGGCUCCCUGUGCGCCAUCGCCGGAGUGUUGACCAUCGCGCUCCCGGUGCCGGUCAUCGUCUCCAACUUCAACUACUUCUACCACCGUGAGACGGAGCACGAGGAGCAGUUCCAGUACACGCACGUGACUUGCGGCCAGCAGCAGCCGCCGUUUGGAGAGUUCAAGAAGAGCGACAGCAAGCCGUCCCUGUCCAAGUCUGACUACCUGGACAGCGAGGACGCGGACUCCAUCAAAUACACCAACUGCAGCCCGCACAAAGCCUACACCGGGAAGCUCACCGAUGUCUGAGUGUGGCCCAGAAUUACGCGCCAGUGGCGCGCGGAGGGAAUCUUUCAGUGUCAUUCCCAACAUCCUGCGCUCUGGUUUGAGUUUAGACUGGCGAGCUUCUUAUUUCUGCCAUCAAAGGGAAUCAUUUCAGUCACCACAGAGGAUGGAUUAUAGGAGAUUCACAGAAUCCCCCUCAAACAGUCUUCCAUUACGCGCGUCUUGAGUCGGGAAAAGCUUAGAAAUGAUCAGCCUAUAGCCAGUUGUAGCACUUUAUUAUUUUAUUAUUAAUGUUUCUCUUAGUAAACGCGUAAUUAGUUGCCGUUAUGAUGCAGGUUUAAAGUUUACAUUUGCUUUUCUGUCUAUCUGCAGCAGAGACACAGUACAGGACCAAUUUAAUCUAAAUUUACAAACUGAUGCAGGAGGCACAUGACCCCCACCCACACACACACACACACACACACACACACACACACACACACACACACACACACACACACCUGUUAUUUCACCCUCAUGUAUUUUCCGUUCAGGCUGGAUGGAGCUCAGUGGUGGAUCAGAUGAUGUGCAGCAGCCUGGAAGAAUCGAUUACCCUAAAAUUAAACGACUCUGAGACCAGGUUUUAAUUUCAUCUGUAUUCUAUAAAACGGGCUUAUGUGCAAGCAGCCUGCAAGACAAAAAUCAGGACACAUGCAUCAUGUUAUUGACAUGCACAUUUACAAUUACGGGCUUCAGGAGGUUAAAUCCUCUACAGUUGCCUGUUUGUAAAAGCAUUAUGAAAUCAGCCGCAGCUUUUCCAAACCGAGAGCGCCCCAGUGUGGAUGAAAAGAGACCCUGCAUCUCUUCGGUGGAUGCAGUUUCUAUAGCAACCUUCCAGACUUUUCUGUAUUGUCUGCCACAGGAAUGAAAGGACGCAGGCUGAAACUGUAGAGACGAGGCCAGAAAACCACCAUGUUGUGGAAGCCUCCAUGUUGUUUGAUUUCAGCGGCUGAAACUGAAGCAUCGCUUCCAUCUUCAACAGCAAAGUAUUCACGCUCAGGUGUUUGACCUGUUAUCUCUGCACCUCAGGCACAGAGAAAUGGUCCAAACUGGGCUGCAGCCAACAAUUAUUCAAGAAAUUAUUUAUUUAAUUAUUAAAGGGGAAAAAAAGAAAGAAAGGAAAACAAUAUAUUGUUUGUAGAUAAAUAUUUUCUUAUCAAUAACAAACAAAAGAAUUCAAUCCGCUUAAAAUUCAGACAGAUGGUUUUCAAAGUAAAUAUUUUAAUGCCAUGAAUUUGGUGGUGUUUAAAGUUCAUCAGUAAGUAUUGAGUUACCAUAGAAACAGGCACAGACAUAAAUGUGAUUGACAGAUAUCAGCUGAUAACAUCAGCCGCUCAUGUAUGAGUUGAACUCUAAUAAUUUUACUUGAUAAAUUAAUAAAUUAAAUUGAUUACAUUUGAUUAAAACAUGAUUACACAGUAAAAACCCUUUGCAAUAAUAUAUGUCCCCUGCUACACCUGAGGUUUCCAGCACCUUACUCAUCAGGACUCAUCAGGACUCAUCAGGACUCCAGGGACAAUUCAUUCAACCAAACCUGCUGAAAAAGGGGGAAUUCUUAAGAAGCUGAUGGAAUAAAAACAUGGUCCCAGCAGACGUUUUUAGUGUGAUGGUCACAUGUUCGCAAUCCUGUUGGUUGGAUUAUUACCUGAUGGACUGAUGGACGGAGGCCUGAUGGAGUUAAACUGCUGAGGCAUCAACAGACGGACAGACAGAUGGAUGGACGAAUCUUCAACUCAGACGACUGUCGGGUUCACAGCACUGGAGGAUUGGUCCAAACACAGGUGAAGAAUGACGAGCUCCUCCACCCUGCUUUCCCUUCACUCCUCGGCACCUUGUCAAACCAAAAGAGUACGACAUCCCUGCAACUUAAUCCCUCUUCUUCUUCUUCUUCUUCUUCACCUUCCUUGUACUGACGAAGGUGAAGUAAAACAAACUGGUUGAAAACACUGACACUCAUAGGAAACAUGGAGCUAUGAGACGCCUUUCCAUGACAAGAAUCCUGACUAAUUUUUGCACAGAGCAAAGCUACAGUCGGACUCUGAGGUAUGACAAACAUUACUUGAAUCAUCCUGAUGCUACGAAUAUGUCCAACAUGUCUGCUGGCUAACGGAGUCCUCCAUAUACUCAUGAAUAGAUGUUCUUUGGGAGACUACUCCUCUCGCUGUAGAGAAACUGGUAAGUCCUGUCUGUAUGUUGCAUAUCAUAUUCAAACCAAAACAUAUUAUUGCAUGCUUGGAAAGUAGAGCAUGUAAGCAGAAGAAAACACGUUUGACUUUUGUGUCGACGGCUCAACCCAGCACUGCUGAUCUGAAAUAUGGGAACAACAGCAACCACCACAACUCAUCGAAAUCAACUUUAUUCAAAUAAUUCUGUUCCACUCGUGGAGUCAGUCGCUAAAUCUCUAUUUUUUAAAGUAUCAUUCUGUAUAUGUUUUCUAUGGAGAGGAAUUGGUUAACCUUGUGAAUCAUUUUGUAGAUUUUUAACAUUUUUUGCUAAUGUGUUUUAAUUAUCAUUAUAAUUAUUAUUACAAUGAUUUUUUGUUCAUGUUUGCCUUGGUAAAAACAAAGAAGCUCCAGUGGGCAGCUGUGAGGAAAAUGUCUGCCUGCCAAAAACACUUUGAAUAACAAAAAUCAUCUGCCCCUGUAAGAGGAAUGUCUGUGCUGGAAAUUAGGACAAAAGACAGUUGAAAAGCAUUUAUCGCAGACAUCUGACAUCUGAGUUACUUCUGAAUGUUUCUGAUUGUGUUUGGGUUUUUGAUCAGAAUGCUGUAAUAUCUGUUAUAUCAAUAACAUCUACCUCAGUGUCCACUCAUUAACGACAGAAGCUUUAACACCUGAAUGACGUCCCUCCAUUAUCUGAACACAGUCAUAAGACCUGGGUUGAGUUUUUAAAUGCCUCUCUGUAAUUAUCUGGUGCAAUUAAAUAAACCCAAACACUCAUAAACUGCCAUUUAAUAACUUAGCAAAGUCCAAAAAAUGGUAAAAUGCUCGAUGAGAUGUAUCACUAUGAUAUUACCUACAGUUAUACAUACAGUAUAUAUUGAAGCCAACAUUGGCCUUUUAAUUAAAUGUCAGAUGUCAUCCAGCCUGACUAAAGAAAAACAACGUACAGCCUGAUAUCUUCUUUGCACAUUUUAUUAAUUUAUUUGUGAAAUUUUCAGUGAGUGUGAGUGAAUGUGUGUUUUUGGAUGAAUUAUUGAUUUAAGGGCAAUAAUGUACUGCAGAGGGUUUCCUGGCAUUGAAUAAGCCUGUCUCAGAGAAACUGCUAAACCUAAAACUAUUUAUUAGUUUGAGAGUUUAAUGGAAUUUAAUGUUAGCCGAGGUUUUUUCAGUGAACUGAGAGGAACACAGUUGUGGGGUGAUGAUUAAGCCCUGUCAUCAGGCAGGACCGUGGGGCCAUGUAAAGGGAUAAUUUGACAUUUUGGGAAAUUAUUUUUCAAACUGUCUACAGAUGGAUUUUUCUGUGUCCAGGACAAAAGCGAGGUCUACAGUGAGUUUAGGCUAGCUUAGCACAAAGACUGGAAGCAGAGGGAAACUGCUAGCGUAGCUCAUCAAAGUGAAAAGUUUGUAGCUAACUUUGACGCCUCCAGUCUUUCCGCUAACUUAAACACAUUCUGGACCUUCUCCUGUGUCAGAAACCAAACAGAUCCAUCUUUUCAUCUGACUCUGGGGAAGCAUUUCCUAAAAUGUUGAAUUUUAUAUCUCAUCAUCAUCAUCAUCAUCAUCAUCAUCAUAAAACAGUGGUACUACUCUGUAAGAAGCUGUAUCCAUCAAAGCCCCAGCAUCAGCUCUGCAGUUUGGUCUUGUUGUAAUUCUGCUUUGCUUAGACAUAAAAACAGCCAAGGGAGAUUUCUGUUUGACAGAGGCACUGAUGAGCUGUCACUGGGCAUUAGUUGUGACGAUUAAUGUACUCUGCAUACUGUAUGUGCAAUAAUAAUAAUACAGCAUUUCCCCUGAGAGCGCAGCAAAGUCCUGAAAGACUGGUCUUGAUUUCCACGUUUAACCAUCAUUUGAUAUGCACCACGUGUAACGUCCAUCAUUAUGUCUUUGAGGACAUUUUCCUGCUUCAUUAUCAGCUGCAGAGUCCGGUUCAGGCUUGUCACCAAAUUGUCUCAUUUUCAAGCAAAAAUAAGAAAAAGCAAUAGUGUGAGUGAUUCCUGUGCUCGGGGAGUGGAAGCAAAAUGCAUUAGAAUUUCUUUUCUUCUUUCUGUUUUUUAUUUCCAGUUAUUGUUUAUUUUGACAAUCUUCAAUUGUGAUCUAUUUUUGAUAAAAUAAAUCUUUAAUCCUGA